UCUGCAAUUCGAGCAGAUAUCAACAGACGGGUUUAUCCGGUAAGUUCAUUACUCACGCAAUCGUUGUUUACAAAUAUUUAAAUAAACAACGAUAGCCUAAACGCGUUGGGGAAGCGUACUCCAGUGGUCAAAGGAUUCCACGACUUUCCUCAAAGCUUUAGGGGCGCAAAAUGGAAAUCCUAUACUUUUCUUACAUUGAUUACGCAGUUUUCACGGUGAUGUUCGGUUUUAGUUGCAUCGCGGGCAUUUCCCUUCGAUCUUUUAAACGCGCAACCGGAAGUGAGUACUUUAAGGACGACACCAAGGCCAGAGUACUACCGGUGGCACUUUGCCUAGUUGCUAGGUAUACGGUUUCAGGUCUAUCUCUGCUGGGAUUUCCUUCGGAGGUAUACACUCACGGUACCCAAAUAUCUAUGAUGGUCUUCUCCAUCAUGAUCAUGGGUAUUAUCAACAAUUACGUCUACCUGCCAGUAUUUUACGAGUUGCAAUUGAAGAAUCCCGUAGAUUACCUUGCGAUACGAUUUGAUGAAGGAACUCGAAGGGUUGCAUCAAUUUUCAACAGUAUUGGUCUCUGCUUAUCUUUACCAUUAAUCAUCUACGUGCCGUCUCUGGCUUUAACUCAAGUUUCCGGGGUGAACUUGAACGUCAUUGCGUCAGUGAUGUUUUUAAUUUGCGUUUCGUACGCAACGAUUGUGAGAAUGGGAACUACAGAAUGGCUCAACGCCUUUCAGCUAGCGAUAACGGUCUUUGCGUUGGUCAUUGUUCUCUUUAUGGGUAUUGUGUCUGUGGGAGGAGUUUCGAGAGUGUGGCAGAAAUCGAUGGAGGGCAAUCGCUUGGAGUUCUUUAAUAUGGACCUAAAUCCAAUGAUUCGGUGUACGUUUUGGUCGGUUAUUAUUGGUAACACCUUCUCUUGGCUGGGGUUUGUUGCUGUUAACCCAUCGGGUGUACAACGCUUUGUUUCGUUUUCGUCGAUCAGUGAUGCAAGGAGGGUACUGGUGAUCUUUGUAGUAUUAGCGAUACUGGCAAAGCUGGUGAGUUGCUUCUCUGGGCUGAUCAUGUUUGCCAAGUACUUCUACUGCGAUCCGCUUUCCAUGGGGUACAUGACGCAUGCCAGCGAAAUACUCCCCUACUUCGUCUUGGAGGUUGCCUCCAAAUGUCCUGGUCUGAGCGGUCUGUUUAUAGCGGGUCUGUUCAGUACGGCUUUAAACACCAUGUCCGUAGCUUUAAGUAAAAUUGCCACAGACACCUUCGAUGACAUUAUUGCCCCAUGUAGAACGCGUGAAUUCUCCAAAAAGGAUGCCAACUAUAUUAUUAUCAGUAUUAUAAUUGCAACAUCAAUGAUUAGCGUGGCCGCAGUGCAGAUAAUUGGCAGGCUUGGUUCUCUGCUUGAGCUCUUCCAAUGCGCGUACGGUAUAACUGGAGGACCGGUACUUGGCCUAUUUACACUCGGGGUUUUAUUCCCAGUGGCCAAUAAAAAGGGGGCCCUCACUGGUGCUUUAGUUUCGGUACUGGUGAUGUCGUCAAUCAUUGUUCAGCAUCAGGUUGACAUUUGGAAUAAAUCCCUUGUGUACAACACCAAAGAAAUGAGGACGUACGGCUGCGAUAUCUACUCCUUUCUUAGCAUCAACACAAACAGUUCCGCUAACGAGUUGCGAUCAGUGGAGCACGAAGAAGCAUUUUCCCUGGCAAAAAUCUCGUUCCACUAUUAUUACUUCAUUGGAACGCUAAUUACAGUCAUUAUCGGAUUAGUAGUCAGUUGGAUUACGCGGAAAGAAAAAGAUAGUAUUAAAAAUCCCUACAUUUUUAGCCCAAUUAUUCAUAAGUUCCUACGUCCAGUUUACGUUCCUAUCUAAAUUUCCCCUAGAUUACUAAUUUAUUUGCACAAUUCAUCAAUCCCACAAAAAUAUGUUUAGCAUAAAUAUCAUUUCAACAUUACCCAGUAGAUAUAGGUACUGAGGAUUCCCCGAAUUAUCAUGGUUUUAAUAUUGUAAACAUAGACGUCAUCAACCGCAUUUAAUUUAUUUAAUAAUACACUUUACAAACAUUA